ACCAUUCAUUCUUCUGCGGUCCGGGAGAAAACGUGGAGGAGGAUGAGGAGGCUCUGACCGAGGAGCACAGCGAAAGAAAAGAAAGAGGAGAGACACAGACCGAGCCUUGAACCGAGCCCGUCAGUUAAUCUACAACCAAGAAGAGCAUUCGACUCUCAGGAUUCCCAGCACGUGGAGAAGGGGAGCGCCGUUGCAUCAUCCGGAUCUAAACUGAAGCGGUCCGGAGGAGGUGUGUCUGAUGUGACGCCAGCGGGCUGGCUCAAGGAACUGUACUUCAAUACAAUGUAGACACCAAAAACCAGGCAGGCAGAGCAAGAGAGACCGAGCCGACCAACGGAGGGCGAGUUCAAGGAGGAACGGCAGCCGUGUGGAAGAUAAGAGGCAAAGAGAAGAGAAACGCAGCGUUCGGGACUGUGAAUCAUUGACCGAGGAGCUCUCCGAGCCGUCGCCCGCAGUCCGCCUCUUCCCGUCCGAGCGCAGGCUCGCUCCCAGCCGCCGUCAGCAUGUGCCAUGUCAUCGUCACCUGCCGCUCCAUGCUGUGGACUCUGCUGAGCAUCGUGGCCGCGUUCGGGGAGCUCAUCGCCUUCAUGAGCACCGACUGGCUGGUGGGCUUCCCCCGCACGCCCGACGCCGUCUACGGCCCCCAUGGGGCCACCGCCGCCGGGGAGGCGUACCGGCCGACUCUGGGCAUCUACGGCCGCUGCAUAAAGCUGCCCCACAUGCAGCGGGGGAUACUGUGCGGACCUUACGCGAUACACUUCGGGGAGAUUGCCAGCGGGUUCUGGCAGGCGACCUCGAUCUUCCUGGCGGCGGGGAUCCUGCUGCUGUGCGCCGUGGCGUUCAUCUCGGUGUUCACCAUGUGCUUCCAGAGCAUCAUGAAGAAGAGCAUCUUCAAUGUGUGCGGACUGCUGCAGGGGAUCGCAGGUCUCUUCCUGAUCCUCGGUCUGAUGCUGUACCCCGCCGGCUGGGGUUCGGACAAGGUCCAGCUGUACUGCGGCCCCGACGCGGCGCCCUACCGGACCGGGCUCUGCUCCAUGGGCUGGGCCUUCUACACCGCCAUGGGCGGCACCGUGCUCACCUUCGUCUGCGCCGUCUUCUCCGCCCAGGCCGAGAUCGCCACCUCCAGCGACAAGGUCCAGGAGGAGAUCGAGGAGGGGAAGAGCCUGAUCUGCCUCCUGUGAGGCUCCGGGGUCGUCCCAUUGGAGGUGGAGGGGGUGGGGGACGAUCAGCCCCCCCCACUCCCGUCAUGAGGCUGGCCUGUGAAGUGGAGCGCCCUGCAUUGUUUACCACUAAAACUGAACUCCUGUCUCGUCUCCGUUUCGUGUUGAUGUGGGAGAAAAUCUACAAGUGCCAAGUGUGUGUGUGUGUGUGUGUGUGUGUGUGUGUUUUUUUAUGUGUCUUUUUGUCUCUCUGCCACUAGAGGUGCUGUGUCAGUUAUUCUAUUCACAUUAAUUGUGUGGAGAGACGCCGUCUGUCACCACGUGUUGUAAAUAAGUGUGAUUUUAUAUAUAUAUAUAUAAAUAUAUAUUGUACAUAGUUCCGAUCGCAGAAAUAUGGUCAGCUUGAUCCAGGCUGGGCUGAUGAAGUCAAUCUUGCCUAAAACAAAACAAAACAAACAAACAAACACUGGUGUUCCUGUCGCCAGCGAAACCUGGAUCUGUUCACCGAACUCUACAAGGGAACCACUACUCAGAGCGAAUAAACUUCUCCCAGAAUAAAACGGCCGUCAGCUCGGAGCGGAUGAGCUCACCGAAUGUACUUUUUUUUUUGUUUUUUUUUUGUGCUGAAUGAUUUAACGUGUGUGUAGACCCUUGAAAUGUAUCAGUGGAAGCUAUUCCUUCGCACGGACUGCACAAGCAACAGAGGCUCCGCGGUGCACGAGUGGAAACGUCUCCGGCCCCGUAAAGCGAAGGUUCCCCCAAACUGAUGGACCGAAGAGAUGACGCUAAAAUAAAUAAAUGAAGUAUUGCUGUUGUUGUUGUUCGUGACGUCUGGUUUCAGGGAGCGUGUUGGAGUCCGUAGAUAGUCUGUCCCGGUGUGUUUCCCGCCAUUCGAAUAAAGA